UCAUCGGUUACGGAUUACGGUUACGGUUAGGGCGGGCGUGAUCAGAACAACCGAGGAAGUGUGUCGGGACCAUUGUCAAACCGAAAGUUGAUUUUGUUUGCGUCCAUAUUUCCUUCGAGAGGAAUUUUCUUUCCUAAUGGGACUGAUCUGCAUUAUAUGAGGGUAGGAGAUGAUGGAAUCUAGAAAUGAAGCCCAGCAUUUGGUGGAAUGUGACCUGUGUCAGCAACCAGUCUCGUUUUUCUGCAGACGAUGCGGGGUCAAUCUCUGCGACCCCUGUGUCACCAUACAUCUACGCGCGAAAUCUACAAACGUUCAUGAAAUUGUAGAUUUCGCCAGCAAGGAUGAUGACGACACAUGCCAUUGUGAUUCCCACCCCAAAAACGAUUGUUCUGCAUACUGUAAAACGUGUGAUGCCCCGAUUUGCAUCCUUUGUGUAUCUAUCAAACACAAAUCGCACGAAAUGUCUGAGCUGUCCGAUAAAAUUGAAGAACUUUUAAAAGUUAUUGCAAAGGAAAAUGAUCGACUUCAGUCAUCCAAACAUGAAUUAGAAAGAAUUCUGGAACACACGACGAAGCUGCUGUCCUCAAUAUCCUCGAUUUACAAACAGAGGAAAGAUGAAGUUACAGCGCGGGGAGAAGAGUGGCACAAACAGAUCGAGGAGACCAUGAAAAAACUUCACCAGGAACUGGAUGACAUGCAAAAGGAACACGAGGCUGAACUACAGAAACAAAAGAAAGAAUUUGAAAAAAUGAUUGGAAAAGUGGACGAAAUGAACGGGAAAACAGUAAAAUUAAAGAAAUCAAAAAAUGUUAAAGAAAUGCAGACUUUUGUGCCAGUGAUUCAGAAUCAUCAGAAUUUAAAUGAGUUCUCACAGUAUUCAUUUCCGUCAUUUUAUGAAUGCAAAAUAGAUCCAAAUUAUAUGCAAACUUAUUUUGGAUACGUUGAAAAAUUGCCAGAGAAAAAAUCUUCGCUCUUGGAAGAUGAAUUCAAAGAAAGGGAGUUACCGGGUAGAAGAAUAUUAGAUGUACCAACAGUUACUUCUGUUAUAGACACUGGGUUUCCUGCUGAUAAAAAUAAUAAUGGUCUGUAUGGCAUGGCCGUUACCGACGAUAACAAAGUGUGGAUGGGAGGAAUAAGCUACGAACUGAAGUUGUUUGAUCUCCAGGGACACCUCCACCACACCGUCAGCAUUACUGUCACAGGCUUGUACUUAUGUUUGUACAACAAACAAGUAGUGUACAUUGAUCAAAAUAAUAAAGCCGUGAAAUUGAUAUCUGACACCAACACUGUGGUGACAAUGUUCACUACCGGGGACUGGAGGCCAUACAGUGUCACAAGCGCCGCGUCCGGUGAUCUACUGGUCUGUCUCCGUAAAGACGAUCAGUCCAAAGUCGUCCGAUACAGCAGUACCGGUACCGUGCUCCAGGAAAUCCAGUACGACUCGCAGUGUCAACCUCUGUACAUAUGGGCGGUUUACAUCACUGAGAAUGUUAACGGGGACAUCAUUGUAACUGACUGGGAGAAAAAAGCAGUCAUUGCUGUCGAUAGAUUGGGCAUAUUCCGGUACUCGUAUUCGGGGAAGGACAGUGAAUUUUUCGCUUGUUCAGUCGUCACUGAUUCUGUCGGUCACGUCAUCGUGACAGGUGGUGUUGGUAAAAAGAUUUCCAUGCUGGACAGAGACGGGCGAUUCCUGAGGUACAUCAUUCCUGAAGGAGGAAUAAAAGAUCCACACGGCGUGUGUAUCCUUGGUGACGGUGAUAUGAUGGUGGGAGAGUGUCUGACCGGAAUCGCCAAAAGAAUCAAAUAUCUAGAAAAAUGAAGGCACGUCUGUGUUAUUUCUCAUUCUGUUACAGUUCUAGUAAUUGGUAUUUGACAUUCAUGUAUACAUGUAUGACUUUGACUUUUACUAUUUCUACAACUUUACUGCAUAGGUCUAGUAUCCACUUAUAUAUAAUACUGUAUAGCGAAAAGCAAAACAAAAACAAAAACAAAAAAACCCAAAAAACAAUACCACAACACCUCUUAAUUAAUGAUAGAAUCUAUAUAUCAUUAGAUGUUGCGAUAUACAGGAUUGCAUAAAGCAAAACAAUUCAAUAAUAUUACUUGAUUUUGGAUUUUAACAGUAUAAUCAUUAAUCUUGAUUCGCUAAUGAAAUGUUUGUUUCCAUUUUAUCAAAAUUUUUGUAACGUCAGAAAUCAGUACAGUGCCAGGUAAUCUGUCUGGAGCUGUAUUCGUUGUGUGGGAACGGAGGAGUUAAAGAAAUAUUAGUAUACCGAUAUUUUAAUGAUGAUCAUGUAUAUAGACAUUUUAUUUCGCUUCAGUCAAUUAAAUGUAUAUAUAUGCUAUUGAUUACGUCAUUUGCUUUUAUGAUAAUAAAUGAUAUAUU